AAAUUAUGUCGAUCUGUAAUAAUUUAAUGGAAAAAAUAUAUAUUAUAAAUAUUUCCAGUAGGACUAACUACUGUCCAGCAUUGAAUUAAGUAGGCUGUCGUGUAUGGGAAUUGAGAGCGUUUUGAAAGGAGGGGUGAAAUACACACGGACUUCAGCAAAUGCUGCUAUAACCUAGUCUCGCCGCUUCGUCUGUUGCUGCAUUCACUUGGAUCCCUCAGCAUUCACACCACGCGUCGGUCUCCUCCUCCAGUCUCACUCAUCUUAUCCUCUCUGAUUUUCCUCCUUUCCUUUUUAGACUCGUAGCAUCACCAAGGCUCACAUUCCAUUCAUCCAUCCCUACCUCUCAAAAACUGUGGAAAUAAAGCAAUGGCAAACAACUUCGCCAGAAUUUUGUCCGGCAAACGAAAUGUGGGCAUUAUGUCAUUAGUUGGAGCCGGGUCUUUGACAGCGGCCUUUCUGCUCAACCGUGAACAUGUCACCGCCGGAGCGCAAGUACGGAGAGUGUACCCUGCCAGUGCGGACUACCCAGACUUGCGCAAGCACAACAACUGCAUGGCCAGCCACCUGACACCUGCCAUUUAUGCCAAGCUGGUGGACAAGGCCACGCCCAACGGCUACACUCUUGACCAGGCCAUCCAGACUGGCGUGGACAACCCCGGGCACCCCUUCAUCAAGACCGUGGGCAUGGUGGCAGGGGACGAGGAGUCCUAUGAGGUGUUUGCAGACCUCCUUGACCCGGUCAUCAAGGAGAGGCACAAUGGCUACGACCCACAGACGAUGACCCAUCCCACCGACUUGGACUCCAACAAGCUCAAGUCGGGCAAAUUCGACGAGCGCUACGUGCUGUCGUCGCGGGUCAGGACGGGCCGUAGCAUCAGGGGACUGAGCCUGCCCCCGGCGUGUACCCGGGCAGAGCGCCGGGAGGUGGAGAAGGUGGUGGUGGACGCCCUGGCUGGCCUGAAGGGGGACCUGGCGGGGACAUAUUACAGCCUCACCCACAUGACAGACCAGGAGCAGCAGCAGCUCAUUGACGACCACUUCCUGUUCGAUAAACCCGUGUCCCCUCUGCUGACUUGUUCGGGGAUGGCCCGUGAUUGGCCAGAUGCACGCGGUAUCUGGCAUAACAACACGAAGACCUUCCUGAUCUGGAUUAAUGAAGAGGAUCACACCAGAGUCAUCUCUAUGGAGAAGGGAGGCAACAUGAAGAGAGUGUUUGACCGCUUCUGCACAGGCCUGAAAGAGGUGGAGAGGCUGAUCCAGGAGAAAGGCUGGGAGUUCAUGUGGAAUGAGAGACUGGGCUACAUUCUCACGUGCCCCUCCAACCUGGGCACUGGGCUCCGUGCUGGAGUACACGUCAACCUGCCCAAGCUCAGCAAGGAUCCCCGCUUCACUAAGAUCCUGGACAACCUGCGUCUGCAGAAGAGAGGAACCGGGGGAGUGGACACUGCAGCCGUGGGCAGCACCUUCGACAUCUCCAACCUGGACAGACUGGGCCAGUCAGAGGUAAUGGGGAAUACAUUGUGUUAGAUUUAGACACUGAU